GUUAAAAUGUUGGCAGUGUGUCGGCGACAAGAAGAAGAAGAAGGAGGCUACAGCGAGCAUGACGGACGCAGAGGCGCACAGUCCACCUCCGCCGUCACUGGUACCGCCGUCCUCGGUGUCGUCGGCGGAAGACAAACCGCUCCCGGAGAGGACAGUCAUCGCCACUUUGGUGCAAGGCACGGUGAAAUGGUUCAACGUGCGUAACGGUUACGGCUUCAUCAACAGGAAUGACACUAAAGAAGAUGUGUUUGUUCAUCAGACCGCUAUUAAGAAAAACAACCCUAAAAAGUUUCUACGCAGCGUCGGAGAUGGAGAAGUGGUGGAGUUCGAUGUCAUUGAAGCAGCUAAGGGUUCUGAAGCAGCCAAUGUAACCGGUCCCGGUGGUGUUCCGGUCAAGGGGAGCCGCUACGCUCCCAAUAAACGUCGCUUCCGCCGGCAGUUCUUCCCCCGACCCAGUGACCAGGGCAAGGUAGCGGACGGUCAGACCCCCGGUGAUGGUGAUGAGGAAGCCAGGCUGGAGGAGAACCGACGACCUCAACAGCAACGUCGUGGACCUCGUCGUCCACUGCCAGAACCGCAAGACGGGGAAGCAGGAGAAACAAGAACAGAAGGUGAUCAAGCGCAAAAACCACCUCGGCGUCGAUUCUGGCGGCCGUAUCGGCGACCGUUCCGCCCGCGUCCUGUGUUAGAACAGUCUGCUGAUGUCCAGGUUACGACUCCACUGACGUCCGAAGAAGUGGACUCUGCCGAGACAACCAGCGAAGGCCCUAAACCACGUCGUCAACAAAGACCCCGUCGGCUAAGGAACUCGGGGUCGUCGACUUCUAAAAAUGAUACUGAAAAGACUGCUUCGGAACCUGGCACCCCUCCUAAGAUGUCAAAGUCUGUCGAAUUGAAACCAAAAUCCCCAAAACGGCCUAAAUCGCCAGUGGCAGCUGCCACGCUAACAGAUGCAGCGGCACCAACGGAGUGACGAUCCCUGUUGCGUGACCCAAUGGGAAGAGGUCCCAGGGUUAAAAGGCUGCUGGCCUUAUGAGAAUGCGGCAUGUCUCUCCCCUCCUUGCACUCGCCCCCUAACCCCCUGCGACCGGUGUUCUCAUCGUUAUGGGUGGCGGGUGUGUAUUUACAGAGACUCAUUAAAAGGGGGAAAAUGCAUUAAAGAUGCUUGUUCCUACCCCCUUUUAUUUAAACAAGUGUUUUUUCUUUAACACAUCAAGUAUGAACUAGAGACUUGAUUUUUAUUUCACAAUUUUAAUUUAGUUAUAAAGACAAAGGGGAGGCAGAGAAUAAAGGAGGUGCACUUAAAGAGCUUGGAUUAGUUACGCCGCUUGACUUUAAUUUUUACUUAUUUGAAUUUUUUUCAUCUUCAUAUGGAGGGGGUUAUGUGCAAUGUCAAUAAAUGUUUGCAAUUAUGA